AUGGAUGCUUCCAGGCUGAGUUGCUAUUCAGAGUUUGUGAGUGUGCUGUCCUUCGUGCUUGUGGCUAUACUCACGCUAGUUUCAAUCUUCUGCACCCACUACGAGAUGUCUAGAGCAUUCAAGGCCACUGCAGUAAUGUUGCUGCUCCUUUCUGGGUAUCUUGCCCGGCGCAUAACAACGACGCUCUACUCCAGGGGCUACGCAUGCAUGUUAUAUACGCUUCUUCUUCAUGGAGCGCUGCUUUUUGUGCUUGUUCUUGGAGCAAGGAUAUCUUCUCGCAAACAGAGCCGGACCUCUUAG